AUGGAGCGGCAAAACAGUCGCCGGCGGAGGUUACCCCGGACGCAGGAACCAGCCUCCAAGGAGCCCGUCAUACCACAUCAGAAGACCCGGUCGGUGCGGACAUGGUUCCUGAUGGGGUCCCUCAUCGCGUGCCUGUUCAUGAUGGGAGUUUAUAUCUAUCAUCCUACCAUUCAUCUCCCUUGGUCCCACUGGAUUUCGCCGCUCCAAACACCCCCUUCCCAAGAUCUAUCCGCUGCAAAUCGUCCCCGCAUAGAGCUUCACCCUGAAGAUCAUGUGUAUCGCCAGCCAGUCACACACCAUCUCAAUUGGCGCAUUACUUCGGGACAGCGCAGACCCGAUGGUGUCUUGAAACAGAUUUAUUUGGUCAAUGAUCUCUUCCCCGGCCCCACUAUCGAGGCCCGCUCCGGGGAUACCCUCCUCAUUACCGUGACCAACGCGGUAGAGGAAGAAUCAAUUGCCCUGCAUUGGCAUGGCAUCCAUGUAACCAAUGCCAUGGAUGGCGCCGCGGGGGUUUCACAAUGUCCCAUUGCGCCCGGAGCGCAAUUUAUCUAUAAUGUCACAAUCCCUGCCGGUCAGAGCGGUACCUUUUGGUACCAUGCCCAUUCGGGCGUCUUGCGCGGGGAUGGUCUCUACGGCGGACUGGUCGUUCAUGCCCCGGUGGCCAAGAGUACCGUAAGAGGAUUGAUGUCGCGUGCUCGAGGCGACGCCCAGAAAUUCAAUUAUGAAAAGGAGCUUCUGCUUCUUAUUGGAGACUGGUAUCACCGGCCAGCCAAGGAUGUCUUGGCUUGGUACAAGCUUCCUGGAAAUUUUGCGAAUGAGCCGGUGCCAGACUCCUUGCUGGUCAAUGGAGUGGGUCACUUCGAAUGCUCCAUGGCCGUUCCUGCUCGUCCUGUCGAUUGUAUUGAGCAGCUGGCCAACACCUCAUUCCUGGAUCUUGACCCAGACGCGGCCUAUCGAAUCCGUGUCGUAAACACUGGCGCCCUGGCUGGCCUAUCACUAGGAUUUGACCAAGAGAGCAUAGAUCUCAUUCAGGUGGACAGCGUUGACGUCAAGCGCUCCCAGCAGAAAGAUAGCAACUCUGCAGGCGUCUUAUACCCCGGCCAGCGCAUGGACUUUGUCCUCCGUACUUCAUCUCACCAACAAUCAUCUUCCAUGAUGGUGCAACUGGACCAAGGAUGCUUCAAAUACAGCAAUCCUGCACUAACCCCAGACCAGACCUUCCCCAUCUAUUACCACUCCACAUCUAUCUCUAGUGCUGCGGAAAUCCCAACACCUCAAGUACGAACCCAUAUCGACCUCAAUGAUGUUCCCUCAGCUCCCUCGAUUCUGGAGCUCCUACCUCCCAGGGCCCAACAAACGCACGUCGUCUAUACCAAGAUCCAAAAGAUGGCUCGUAAUCACAAUAUCCCCGAGGGCUACUUCAACCAAACCACCUGGAAACCCCAAAGCGACCCGCCGGUGCCCUUGAUCGGUCUCCCUCGAGAGCACUGGGACUCCAACCAGCUCGCCCUCUCGACCGGCCCUGAAGCUGUAUGGGUAGACUUUGUUGUAAACAACCUCGACGAAGGCCCUCACCCCUUCCAUCUACACGGCUACCACUUCUACAUCCUAACAACCCAUGAAUCAACCUACGGCUGGGGCUCCUACGACCCCUUCACAGACCCCUACCCACCCGGCCUAGAACCAGAUCCCGAAUCCACCCCGGAAACAGACCCAACAACCCCAGCAGACCCAUCAUACCAACCCUACAAUCUCUCCCGCGCCGCCCUCCGCGAUACAGUCCAAAUCCCGAGCCGAGGGUACGCGGUGCUGCGCUUCCGGGCUGAUAAUCCUGGCGUGUGGCUAUUCCAUUGUCAUAUCUUGUGGCAUCUUGCGACGGGGAUGGCGAUGGUUGUUGAUGUCAUGGGAGAUUCGGCGGGGAAGGUUGCGCAUGAUGUUUCUAUGUUGCUUGGUGCUGGGGGUCGAUUGUGUCUGGCCUAA